UGACCGGGCCCGGCCAGAUGUGGGGGAUGGGUCGACGUGGAUCCCUCUCUCUCCUCACGAAACAAACCAGUUUUAUUUUAAAACAGCAAUUUAAAGUCAUUUUUUUCUUAAACAAAAAUCGAACCGGAAGUGGCGCUGCAGUCAUUAUCACCUUCCUGAACAACCCCAGCCAUGGCACGGGAAGAUCCCACAGCAGCGAGGCCCGACGCGGAGGAGGAUGAGGAGCGCCGGUUCCGGUGCACCGAGUGCCGGCGCGGCUUCCGGACCUCAUGCAGCCUCCUGCGGCACAGGCAUUGCCACUCAGAGGUCAAGCCAUACCAGUGCGGGGUGUGCGGCCGCGGCUUCGUGCAGGGGUCGGACCUGAGGGCUCACCGCCGGCGCUGCCCAGUCGCGCCCCCUCGCCCCGCGGGAGCAGGAGCAGGAGGCCGCACCCGCUUCUCCUGCCAGGUCUGCGGCAGCGCCUUCGGCAGGGCUGCCCAUCUGCGGCGGCACGCUGCCUGCUGCCACGCCGGGGGAGGGGGGCAGGGGGCACGGCCCUUCUCCUGCCAGGUCUGCGGCCGCGCCUUCUCCCGCUCCUGCAACCUGGUGCAGCACCAGCGCACCCACACCGCCGAGAGGCCGUACAGCUGCCCGCUCUGCCCUCGCCGUUUCAACCGGGCCUACAACGUGCUGGCUCACCAGCGCUCCCGGCAUGGAGCCCGGGAGCCUCCCCGCACCUCUCCUGCCUGCAGGCUGCUCUGGCACGGACCGGGAAUCAAUGGGGGAAGGAGGGUCUCACUGACGGCCGAAGAGGGACAGUCCCCUCCCGGAGGGGAAUUUGCUAACAGCUUGGGGGACUCAGUAAUGUUUGCAGAGGCUCAGUAACGUUUGGAGACGCUCAGAAACAGCUGGACUGUUUGCUUUAGCUCCAGGCGUGACUCCUCUAACUGUAUUCCACCACCCUUUGGGACUGACUCUGCCAGUGGGUGGGGAGUGAAGAUGGGUGCAUUUCUGUGCACUACAUUUAAACAAAAAAAAACCCAAAGGAUGCUGCAAAUCAGGGACAAAAAAACACAAAAGUUGCUGGAAAAGCUCAGCUCCUGGGUUCAGGAGUUCUGAGGAAGGGAGGGUCACCAGAACCCGAAACGUUAACUCUUGUUUUUAUCUCCUUCACAGAUGCUGCCCAGACCGGCUGGAGCUUUUCUAGCAACUUCUGUUUUUUUUUGGGUUCCUCUACACUACAUGCUGCGGGGAUGGCCAGCUGGGUCAGGGCAGGGUGCGGAGAGAAUUGGGGGGUUGCUGGGCGUGUUUGGGAAACGGCAGGAACACACUGUUUCCUGGUCUCGCUUCUCCAGGUGGCUGCAAUGGGGUGGGGGAGGGAUGGGGGGCGGGUGGUGGUUGACACAGCAAAAUCCCACCAGUAAAAUACUUAUUUUUUAAGCGAAU